AUGAAGCAGAACGGCGCUGUCCAGCGAUUUCCCCUCCCCUCAGACCAUGUAAACCCUCAUCUUAAGCAGAUGGAUCCCUCCAAACCUCCCCCUGUCAAGUUCCAAGAGAUCGUUCGCGAUGGUCAGGCAACUAUCGUUGGCCGCCUGAAGAUCCCGACGCCCUCCGGACACGCGUUCAUCCUCCGUCGCCUCGACACGGGUGCGAUCAGCCUCACCACCAUGUUCCGCGCUGCCUUCCCCACCGCGACCGACGAUGCAGAGAAGCUCGAGUCCAGCUGGGUCCGCGCCUCCUUCGACCUCUCCGGCACCAACAAGGGCGGCCGCGCCCGCUUCGCCGGGACGUGGGUCACCCCCGAGAUCGCGCUCCAGCUCGCCGACAGCUACGGCCUCGGCGCCGCCAUCUCCGUCCUCGCCAAGGCUGACCCCGACCCGGCUGUCGUCUACCGCCGCUCCACGCGCGCACAGCAGCCCACGCCCGAGCAGUCGCCCGCCACGGGCAAGGAGCCCGGCCCGACGCCCGCAAAGAGGCGCAAGGAGGCGUCGCCCAUGACGCCCGCCUCCGCGUCGGUGCCCACUCCUGCCGCCGCACCGGCGGCUGCGAAGCCCACCGUUCCCACCCCACCACCCUCCACCGCCAGGCAGACCGCUACGCCCCCUCCCAGACGGUCAACCCGGCACAAGAGCCCCGGCCCGCCCGCGGCUACGCCUCUCCCCACCAGGACGCCGCGGAGCGCGCGCGGCACACGUAAGACCCCGAACGCCGUUAAGGACGAGGUCGACGGUGCGGUCGACCCCAUCGCCCAGAAGCUCGCGGACGAGGUGAUGGCGGAGGACAUCCGCGAGCAGAAGGAGCUCAUCGCGCGCCUCAAGGCACGCCGCGAAGAGGCGCGCCGCUUUGUCGAAGAAGAGGACGAGGAGGACGAAGACGCCGAGUCUGGCGACGAGGACGAGGUGUCGCCCGCGAAGCCCGCGAGCAAGCGGCAGCGCGAGGACGAGGAACCCCUCAAGUUCAACUUCAAGGAGCCCUCGGGCGAGGUCGGCGAGCGGGCGAUCGCGACGAACCGCCGGGUGUCCAUACUCGCGAACAUGCCCCCAGAGCGCAAGUCUCUCGCCUGGGGCGCCCUCGCGUUUGCUGUCGGAUGGGGCGCUUUCCUGCUGCCCACGAUGCAGAACUAUCUACAGAUCUGA